CCUUGAACUCACCGUAUAGUUUGUUUACAUGUUUAACUUUCUCCGACUUUCUAGGACGUGUUUUAUGCCACUUCUUUUUCUGUCUCAUUUUGUCCACCACACUUUAAAUGUUGUGCAUGAAUGCACAAAGACUUGUCUGCGUGGACUUGGCCGACAAUGCGUGUCGCUACAUUUGACUGAGAUGGAAAAAGCCCUCGUAGAAGAUGAGUGCCUGGAUUCCGGUGCAGAAAGUGGAGGCUCUGAUCACAGUCCUCUGUCCUCUACAAGUAGUGACGUGUGGCCGGGCCAGGUGCAGGAUCCCUACCUGGUCAGCGUGCACCUGAUGGUGGACCCCGGCGAGGGUGUCUUCCUGCAGGGGGCGGCAGACGGCGUCCUGGCCAGCGUCCACCCGGAGCUGCGCCUCUUCCGGGUGUCGGAGCGGACCCGCCUCUCCCGGCGCCCCCGGCCCAAACGCCACCACAUCCCACGGCCCGCCCUGGCGGUCAUCUUGUUCCUGCGGGAGGAGGAGGGGCCGAGGCGCUCUCUCCGCCGCCCCCCAUGGCGCUACCAUCACAGCGAGGAGGUGAGCGGCGGGCGGACAACGCUCACCCAGGACUUCUUCACCUUGGCGGCCGGCACGCCGCCGUGGGCGGUGCGGGGGGUGUGCGGCGGCAAGGAGACGGUGCGCUUCAGCGUGUACUGUUGCCAUGACAACUACUCCCACACGGUGAGGCUCUAUAAGCGGCUGCUGGGCCGGCGACUGGCACACCACCAGCAGGACUUCUGCUUCCUGGUGGUCUACUCCAACCCACACCUGGAGAUCCAGCUGGCCUUCAAGAGACUCCCCACAGGUCAGAGGGUGGCAGUGCUGGACUCAGCCGUCAUGGAGGUCCGGGUGGCGGACGUGGGUGCCCUGGUGCCCCUCCUGCCCAAACCCUGCAGCCCCAUCAGUCACCUCCGCUGGCAGACACACGACUAUGACGGAAACACUAUCCUCCUGCAGGUUCACGACAUUCACCUCAAACUCAGACGUGACCCCGCCCACCUUGUGACAGAAUCUUGCUUGGCCCCGCCCACUCCGACCUGUAGCUCCGCCUCCUACAAGAACUGCCGCCAUCCUCAUCGGACCGCGUCCCGCCCCAGAAUGCACCAUCAGCAGAGGUCGGUGUGUUCCCUCCCGCUGUGCUGCGAGGAGGACGAGGGCGAGGGGGCGUGGUUCUGGCCCGACUGGUACCACCCGUCCAGGGGGCGGGGCCAGCGCUCCAACUCGCUCUUCUCUCUGCCAAACCUGGACUCAGUCAGCUCCACCUGCUCCUUGCCGGGUCUUACACCGGCACCGGCACCGGCACCGGCACCAGCCAGCCCUCGCCGGCGCUCUCUGCACAGGAGCUCCUCCCUCAUCCCCACUUUCCGGCUCAACGUGGACGCGCUCCUUGGCGCCGAGGAGACGGACGUGGACACGGGGAAUAAAGUCCGAGCAGGCGGCGUAGACCUCACCGUGGUGUCCGCCUACAUCCAAACCCACCUGGAGGCUUCUCGGUCCCUAUCGGCGCCACUGCAAGACAGCCAGCCGCCUCCCGGACCUCAGGACCACCACAAGGCGGCGGCACUUGGAUGGACUCCCGUCUCUUGUAGGACAAAACCACCUCAGUCCCUCAGUGACGUCUCCAUGGACCACAACCUGCAAACACCUGCAGGAAGUCCAUGGGAAGGUGAGGAGGAGCAGGAAUUCUACAUUUGAGGACUCUUUGCCGCCCUCUAGUGGACACACCUUCACUAUACAGUGUCACCCUCUAGUGGACACACCAUCACCAGACAGUGCCGCCCUCUAGUGGACACACCUUCACUUUGCUCUCUGGUGCCCUCUAGUGGACACACCUUCACUUCACAGUGCCGCCCUCCAGUGGACACACCUUCACUUUGCUCUCCGGUGCCCUCUAGUGGAUACACCUUCACUUCACAGUGCCGCCCUCCAGUGGACACACCUCUACUUCGCAGUGCCGCUCUCCAGUGGACCAACUUCACCAGAGCUGUGUAUAGACAGUAUGGCCAACUUGGUUUCAGAGUUAGUAGCAAACAUGGCGCCCUGUAGUCACUUUCAGGGGCUUUCAAAAAGUCAUUUAUGAGAGCCUCUGGUCUAAAGCCCCUUCCAUGACUAUAGGACGCCAUGUUUGCUACCACCUUUGAAACUGAGUCCACCAUACUCUCUUUACACACAGCUCUGACCUUCACUAUGCAGUGCUGCCCUCUAGUGGACACACCUUUAUGCAGUGCCGCCCUCCAGUGGACACACCUUGACUCUGCUCUCUGAUGCCCUCUGGUGGACACACCUUUACUCUGCAGUGCCGCCCUCUAGUGGACACACCUUGACUUUACUCUCUGGUGCCCUCUGGUGGACACACCUUUACUUUGCAGUGCCGCCCUCUAGUGGACUAACUUCACCAGAGCUGUGUAGAGAGAGUAUGGCCAACUUGGUUUCAAUGUUGGUAGCAAACAUGGCGCCCUGUAGUCACUUUGAGGGGCUUUCAAAAAGUCAUUUAUGAGAGCCUCUGGUCUAAAGCCCCUUCCAUGACUAUAGGACGCCAUGUUUGCUACCACCUUUGACAGCGAAUCCGCCACACGGCUCUGAACAUGACUUUGCUGCCCUCUGGUGGACACGUUUGUGUACAAACUGUAGACAACUUCACUUGAGCAUUAGUUUAAUAUGAAAACAACAUCCAUGACUGACAGGACUUUGUUGACACCCACUCAUGGAUUGUGUACCAAGUGAAAACACACAAAAAGGCCAGCAAAAGAUCAAUAAAGGUUGAAAUAAAAAAAAUCCUCUUUGACUUUAAAAAAGUAUUUUUCCACUGAGAGUCACAUGUUUAACAUGUGUGAUCAAUUCCAAAGUGUAGAAAAGUUCUGUACAAAUAUAUACAAGAAGACAUCUUAGGACCAUCAGCAUCUUCCUCUGACACUGCAGUGCAGUGCUGCCCCCUGCUGGUUCCUGCAGUGCAGUGCUGCCCCCUGCUGGUUCCUGCAGUGCAGUGCAGUGCUGCCCCCUGCUGGUUCCUGCAGUGCAGUGCAGUGCUGGUCCCUGCUGGUUCCUG